CCUCUUUUGCUGGCUGAGGACGGGAGGAGGGGCGCGAGCCCGGUCAGGUUACUGUAAAUAUGCAAAAGCGGAGGCAGUGGGCGGGGAGGGGGCUAGGUGCCGUAGAGGGCAAGGGGCACUCACAUCCCCGGCGCGCCACUCGCGGGGCUCCCGUCUGCACGUGCCCCGGGCCUCUCCCGCUCGCUCAACCAGUCUGCGGAGAGCGCGCGCGCGCCCGCGGACCCGGCUCCCGCGUUCGCUUCUUUGUUCCCGCCCACGCGAGGCCCAUUUUGACGGAUCGGGUUCGAGGCCCUCUCGCGGCCAAUCGGCAUCGAGGCAUUUACCUCCCCCCACCCCUUCGGAACCCUGCGAGGACCGCCCCGUUUCCCUGCCCACGUGGUCUCGUCCUCUGGCCCUUGGCAGCUCUGUACUUCUGGGCCCCUGUACGGCCGUGUGAUCCACCUUUAGGGGCGUGGAGGUGGUCCUGUACCUUAAGCUUCGGGCCGCACGCGGUUGCCGGGUGGGCGAUUCUUGCGGGGCUGUCGGAAGCCCAGAACGGUGCUGAGGGCGCAGCCGGCGCCGCCCUCUGCCCUACCUACCAGUAGGCCGAUUCUGGUAGUUGCAUCCGGUAGGGAAAUGGUCGUGCUUUCCGUGCCCGCCGAAGUCACUGUGAUCCUGUUAGAUAUCGAAGGUACCACAACCCCGAUUGCUUUCGUGAAGGACAUUUUAUUUCCUUACAUCAAAGAAAAUGUUAAAGAGUAUCUGCAGACACAUUGGGAAGAAGAGGAGUGCCAGCAGGAUGUCAGUCUUCUGAGGAAACAGGCUGAAGAGGAUUCCCACCUGGAUGGGGCUGUUCCCAUCCCUGCUGCAUCUGGGAAUGGAGCAGAUGACCUGCAGCAGAUGAUCCAGGCCGUGGUGGAUAACGUGCGCUGGCAGAUGUCUCUGGAUCGAAAGACCACGGCGCUGAAACAGCUGCAGGGCCACAUGUGGAGGGCGGCUUUUGCAGCUGGGCGCAUGAAAGCAGAGUUCUUUGAAGAUGUAGUUCCAGCAGUCAGGAAAUGGAGAGAGGCUGGAAUGAAGGUGUAUAUCUAUUCUUCAGGGAGUGUAGAGGCCCAGAAGCUAUUAUUUGGGCAUUCUACAGAGGGAGAUAUUCUUGAGCUUGUUGAUGGUCACUUUGAUACCAAGAUUGGACACAAAGUGGAGAGUGAGAGUUACCGAAAGAUUGCAAACAGCAUUGGGUGCUCAACCAACAACAUCUUGUUUUUGACAGAUGUUACUCUAGAGGCCAGUGCUGCUGAGGAAGCAGAUGUUCAUGUCGCUGUGGUGGUGAGACCCGGCAAUGCGGGACUGACGGAUGAUGAAAAGACUUACUACAGCCUCAUCACAUCCUUCAGCGAACUGUACCUGCCUUCCUCAACCUAGAGGACAACUCAUAGGGAAGACCAGCCUGUCUUCACAGAGUCGUCCCUGUAGUCUAGUUGUAUUCCAAUGGUAAAAGUAACUUACUUAAAAAAGACAUAUAUACACACACACAGGUACGCGCGUGUAUAUAUGUGUAUGUUUAAAUUGCCUUCCACGGGCACAUAAGUGAAAAAAAAGUCUCAGUUCAGUGAAAAGGAAACUUAUUUAAAGAUGCUUUCUAUGUAGAAAUUGUUUGAAACCACAACCCUAACCCCAACUGAAAGCAAACUAUAGCUGAUAGAAGAAUUACUGCAGUGUAAAUCACACGUGUUAGGUUUAUCAAAUCGUGUACCAACAUGGAAAGGUAGGGUUGAGAAAUUAUUCAGAAGCCUUGUUAUUUUAAAAACUGGAAGUGUUUCACAGACUUACUCCUAAUAAUAAUUCAUUCCCCUUUCGAAUUAUAAGUUAGAAGAUUGCGACAGCUGAAUUUCAAAGUAUUAGCCUCCUUCUCUACAGAAGUCAAAGCCAUUUGUUUCUGCUCCAAAAGACAGCAAACCUGGGAAAGGAAACUCAUUUGAGUCUUGAUGACGCAAGCAUCCAUUACCAAGGAAACUUGCUCAUCAUUGUGGUGGCCCCAGCAAACGGUUGCCUUACCAAUGAUAAAGGUGCAUUGAUGUAACAGCUAAAAUAGGAAUGUGGUUCUUAAUGUUUAACAGAAUAGCACUAAUCCUGCCGGUUGUUAUCAUCAUACGUUUUCUGGUUGCCUUUCUAACUACUUUUUAGCAGUUUGAGAAUAUAUGUUGCUCUUUACUAUUGAAAAGCAAAAGGUUUACUGAAAUCAUUCUGUAAGACCCUUCUAGAAGAGCCCUAAUAAUGUAAUAUUUUCCUCUGAAAUGGAUAUGAAGAGUGUAAAUUUUAUAACAGCAUUAUUUAUCCUGGUUCAAUCCUAAUGGGAUGUCAUGUCAAUUUCAUGUUGUGAUUAAUAAAAACAUUUUCUUCUUCACUCA